UUCCCCCAUCCUGUCGUAAACAUCAGUCUGGUAAAGCACUGGUUCCGGCAGAUUGAAGUUGUAGUUAAUUUCCAGUCCUUUUGGACACGCUCUCAAAAUCUGAAUUAUAUUAUCCAUAGAAACAGCUUGGUUUGCGCAGAAUACACGUCAGUUUUGUUAUGAUCACAACUAAGUAACUAGUAUUAUUUUUACGACAAGAGCUCCGAGAAGCCGCGAGUUGUUUGGUUUCAGAUACCAGAAGAGAAAAACGAUGUGCUGUUAGAAAGACCCCGUGUUUGGACGGUAUUUCGGGAUUGUCUCUGGAUUGUUUUCCCUUGGUAAACCCCCGUCCACCGGAGAAACAUGUCGCUGGCCCCGAAGGAGCUCUCCAAUCUGCUGGGGAUCAUCUCUGAGGAGGCCUGCACGAACACCUUCGAGGGCCUCUCCACGGCCUUCCACCAUUACUUUGGAAAAGCUGAACACUUCCGAGUGGGCUCAGUGCUAGUGAUGCUCCUGCAGCAGCCCGAUUUACUGCCUAGCUCCCCGCAGCGCCUCACCGCUCUAUACCUACUGUGGGAGAUGUACCGCACCGAACCGCUUGCCGCAAACCCCUUCGCCGCUGUCUUUGCCCAUCUCCUGAACCCGGCGCCAGUCGGAGAGGAGCAGGAGAAACCGCUCUCCGGUUUUCUGCCUCCCAUAACAUUGCCAGAAAAGUUUUUCCUCUCCCAGCUCAUGCUGGCUCCACCUAGGGAGCUCUUCAAGAAAACCCCUCGACAGAUCUCAUGCAUGGAUGUUGGUAACAUGCCUCAGUCUGUGGAUAUAAGUGGGCUUCAGCUGGCCUUGGCAGAACGUCAGUCAGAGCUGCCAACCCAAAGCAAGGCCAGCUUUCCCAGUAUUCUCAAUGAUCCGGACCCAGAUUCUUCCAACUCUGGAUUCGACAGCUCUGUAGCCAAUCAGAUUACAGAAGCCUUAGUUAGUGGGCCACGACCACCAAUAGAAAGUCACUUUCGCCCAGAGUUCAUCCGGCCUGCCCCGCCACUGCACGUGUGUGACGAUGAGUUGGCCUGGCUUAACCCUUCAGAGCCUGACCACACCAUCCAGUGGGACCGCUCUAUGUGUGUUAAGAACAGCACUGGUGUGGAGAUCAAGCGCAUCAUGUCCAAGGCUUUCAAAAGUCCACUGUCUGCACAGCAGCAGACACAGCUGCUUGGGGAGCUAGAAAAGGAUCCUAAACUGGUUUAUCACAUUGGACUGUCCCCGGCCAAACUGCCUGACCUGGUAGAAAACAACCCACUGGUUGCAAUUGAGAUGCUGCUGAAACUGAUGCAGUCAAGUCAGAUCACUGAGUAUUUCUCUGUGCUUGUCAAUAUGGACAUGUCUCUCCACUCCAUGGAGGUGGUAAAUAGGCUUACAACAGCAGUAGAUCUCCCUCCAGAAUUCAUCCAUUUAUACAUUUCAAAUUGCAUCUCCACCUGUGAGCAGAUCAAAGACAAGUACAUGCAGAAUCGUUUGGUGCGCCUCGUCUGUGUUUUCCUCCAGUCUUUGAUCCGGAAUAAAAUCAUCAACGUCCAGGACUUGUUUAUUGAAGUUCAGGCAUUUUGUAUUGAGUUCAGCCGGAUAAGAGAGGCAGCUGGCCUUUUCCGGUUGCUGAAAACAUUGGACACAGGAGAGAACCCCUCUGAGGCCAAGCCCAGCAAAUAAAGGAGAUUGAUUGUGGACAGCUUUUGAAAUGAAUUAGAACCUUGUUAUUGUUUUGUAUGCAUUGUGUACACAUUUUACAUGGUGGCAUUCUCGACAGUGAUCUUUAUUUCUGUUCAGAUAUAAAUGCUGAUGAAAUCGGCUUCUUGAAUUCUUGUUUCAAAAGAAUAAAAUACUGUUGCCAUUUUCAUGAA